UUUUUUUACAUUUUUCCUGACUUUCCGCUGAUUUCCUUUUUAUUGUUGUUACUAGUUACUAUUAUUUAUUAUAUUUAUGAUGGUGAUGAUGAUGAUGAUGAUAACACUGAUGAUUUUUAACCGGAUUAAAAUCGAGUUUUUCUGAAUGUUCAUAAGAAUUUCUCCGGCCUCCUGACUGACUUUGGAGUUUUGCAUCUUGGGAGAGAAAGUGAAGGCUUUAGUAUUUUUAAGUGGAUUGAUCACAUGAACCUUUUCUCUCCCAACCCCACCCUUAUCCUCAUCCCCUUCCCCACGCUCGAAAGAAUUUUACUGGCUGUUAAGUCUGUGACCUUAUUUUUCCUGAUCUUUAACUUAACUGUUUAGAGCAUCUCUGGACGUCUGUAUUUUUAAUUUUUUUAUUUUUGUUUUUUUUAUUUUUAAUCUUUCAUUUGUUAAAUUUUUAAGCUGUGCUGCAAUAAAAUGUGUGUGGUACUAUUUAACACCUAUGAUGGUGAUGGCCUUUUCCCAGAAAGCCAUCUUCCUCCUGUUUCCCUUAAAAUUCCAUUCUCCUCUUCCUGUACACUACUACCCCUCACAAACCACAAGCUGCAGCAACAUGGAUGCCCAGCCUGGAGCAGCAGCAGCCAGGAUGACCUGGAGCCAGGGGGGCCUUCGGAACAGAUGCACACCCUUCCUGGGUGAUGUUCUUUCUGACUACGUGAGGAACCUUAUCAUCAAAGAUAAUGGCCAGCAAUGUUACCAACAAGACAGACCCUCGCUCCAUGAAUUCCCGUGUAUUCAUUGGGAAUCUGAAUACUCUGGUGGUCAAGAAGUCUGAUGUGGAGGCAAUCUUCUCAAAAUAUGGCAAAAUUGUUGGCUGCUCUGUUCAUAAGGGCUUUGCCUUUGUUCAGUAUGUUAAUGAGAGAAAUGCCCGCGCUGCUGUCGCAGGAGAGGAUGGCAGAAUGAUUGCUGGCCAGGUUUUAGACAUUAAUCUGGCUGCAGAGCCAAAAGUGAACCGAGGAAAAGCAGGUGUGAAACGAUCUGCAGCGGAGAUGUACGGGUCAGUACCAGAACACCCUUCUCCGUCCCCUCUACUCAGCUCCUCUUUUGAUUUGGACUAUGACUUUCAACGGGAUUAUUAUGACAGGGGUUUUAUCUUCAAUAGGAUGUACAGUUAUCCAGCACGUGUUCCUCCUCCUCCCCCUAUUGCUCGGGCUGUAGUGCCCUCAAAACGCCAGCGUGUAUCAGGAAACACCUCACGAAGGGGCAAAAGUGGCUUCAAUUCUAAGAGUGGACAGAGAGGAUCUUCCAAGUCUGGAAAGUUGAAAGGAGAUGAUAUUCAGGCUAUCAAGAAGGAAUUGACCCAGAUAAAACAAAAAGUGGAUUCUCUACUGGAAAACCUGGAAAAAAUAGAAAAGGAACAAAGCAAACAAGCAGUAGAGAUGAAGAAUGACAAAUCAGAAGAGGAGCAGAGCAGCAGCUCCCUGAAGAAGGAUGAAACUAAUGUGAAGAUGGAAUCUGAGGGGGGUGCAGAUGACUCUGCUGAGGAGGGGGACUUGCUCGAUGAUGAUGAUAAUGAAGAUCGGGGGGAAGACCAGCUGGAGUUGAUCAAGGAUGAUGAAAAAGAGGCUGAGGAAGGAGAGGAUGACAGAGACAGCGCCAAUGGCGAGGAUGACUCUUAAGCACAUAGUGGGGUUUAGAAAUCUUGUCCCAUUAUUUCUUUAUCUAGGCGCUUGUCUAAGAUCAACACCAGAUCCUCUCCCCUAGUAUCUUCAGCACAUGCUCACUGUUCUUCCCAUCCUUGUCCUUCCCAUGUUCAUUAAUUCAUAUUGCCCUGCGCCUAGUCCCAUUUUCACUUCCUUUGACGCUCCUAGUAGUUAUGUUAAGUCUUGCCCUGUAAUUUUUGCUUUUAAUUUUGAUACCUCUUUAUGACUUAACAAUAAAAAGGAUGUAUGGUUUUUAUCAACUGUCUCCAAAACAAUCUCUUGUUACACAGGGAGUACAGUUCCUUCCAUUCAUACAUGAGUUCAGUAGUUGCUUCCCUAACUGCAAAGGCAAUCUCACUAGUUAAGUAGUACAUGAGAGCAGCUUUGAGUUAGCGGCAUGUGUGUUUUACCUCACAGGAGAGGGCAAUGUGGGGCUGUUCAACACAAAUGUAACAAUGUAUUUUUGUGAAUGAGAGUUGGCAUGUCAAAUGCAUCCUCUUUUAAAAAAAAAAAUAGUGUAAUAGUCUUAAGAUUUCUUUUCUGAAGUUGAUACUGUGGGUUAUUUUUGUGAACAGCCUGAUGUUUGGGACCUUUUUUUCUCAAUAAACAAGUCCUUAUUAAACCAGGAAUUUGGAGGAAUAAAAAUCCUGGGUUUUUUUUUUUUUUCUUUUUCGAAUUUUACUUUUGUUUACUUUCAGUUUGUUUCACUGCGCCCUCCACAAAAUUCCUAGAGUGUGGUAGAGUUUUCUUUGAUUUCUUAUUACAGCUACCAACAUACAUUUCCCAAGUUGUAUUUUAAUGGUGUUGGUGUUACAUGGAAACAAGGACUUCAUAUGAUCCAGAAUUCUUUUUAAGUCAUAAGUAGUAACAGUGAAGUCAGUGGUAUUUGGAAAAAUAACAUUCUUUUACAUUUUGGUCCUGCCAGACCAAUAGUACAGCAGGAAAGGGACCCGUCUUGCAGCUUACCCAAGUUCAAUCUUUGGCAUCCCAUAUGGUCCCUUUAGCACCACCAUUCCUGAGUACGGUCAGGAGUAACCCCUGAGCAGUGUAGAACAGUGAGGCUUAAUUCCAUUUCUCUUAUGUUCAAUUCCUACUCCGUGUUUGGUUCCAAGUCCAUACAACUGUUGCCACUUUUUAAAAAUUAAAGAUUUUGUCUGAAACUUGUUGGUUUGGAAAGAGACUCCCCUCUUUUCUUAAAAAAAUGUUUUUUGAUUUAUUUUUUCUUUUGGAAAUGAAAAAAUGUGUUUGGUACAGACAUUUUUUUGAUAAACCUUGACUUCUCUGUAAAGCUUCUGUUUAAUAACAUUGUAGAAUACGGCAAUUAUUCCUGUAUAGGCAAAGGCCCUGUUGAAAUGAUUGACUUGGUUUAGGGGCAGCACAGCUGGUGUUGCUUAGUGGACCAGAUGGGAUGCCAGGGAUUGAAAUGGGCCCCUGGGUCCACUGCAUGCAAGGCAAACACCUUGUCAGUUAUAUAUAGUAUGUCUCAAACUCCACUACAAUUGUGAUGUGAUAGCACUUAAUACAAGUGACGAAGAAUGGAAGAAAGAGUUUUACUAAGUAUUACUCAUUUCCAGAUUCAUAAGACAUAGCUUUGUCUUGAUAUCUGGUAUUCUGUCCAUCCUGUUUUGUGAUCUCAUGCAUUUUACAGAAUUAAGCGUUUAACUUCUGGCACAAACUCCUUAGAAGAUCUCACACUAAUAAAAAUAAGUUCUUACUAAUUGAAAGUUACUGUAUCGAGUAAUUAGUGAACAUGUUUACUUUUAAUUCCUUGGGUGAAACUAAGAAUUUCCCCCCCAAAAUUGAAAGUUAUGGUUAGGGUUUUGAUAAUUAUGGAGUUACGUAAUUUUCAUUGAGAAGAAAUUUUACACUUUUACGUAGUCUUGGGUUUGCUUGAGCUCUGUUUCCUUAUUAACUGAAAUUAGUAUUCUAGUAUGAUCUUAUUUUUUUCAUAUUUUUCUUCCUAGGCUCCCCAAUCAGACUAUAAUAGUAAAAGGAGUUAUGUAGAACUUCUAGAACUUUUAUUAAAUGCUAGCUGCUUUAAAAGCUGAAACUUGGGGCUGGAGUGAUAGCACAGCGGGUAGGGAGUUUGCCUUGCACGCGGCCGACCCGGGUUCAAAUAUCAGCAUCCCAUAUAGACCCCUGUGCAUUGCUAGGAGUGACCCAGAAAGCAAAAAAAAAAUGCUGAAACUCUUGGGGCUUGAGUGCUAGCACAGUAGUUUGAGAGCAUGCAUUGCUUGCUGAAGGACUAGGUUUUUUCCCUGUUACCACAUGGUUCCCUCAGUGUCCGCCAAAAUAUAAUGCCCAGGGUUGUUAUCAUAUACUGAGUUUGCAUAAGAAAACUGACAAUUUAUACAAAGAAAGCUUUGUAUCAUUGAAUGUAAAACCAAAACAAACCAAAAUGGUAUUUUUAUUCUCAAUAGUCUUAAUUUUUGGGCCUAGAGAUUAACUGUAAAAUUUAAUUUUUCCCUGGAUUUUAUAAAAAUGAAAUAAGGAGUAGGUUCGGUCGAUGUUUCCAAAGUAGAGCAAUAGUUGGCAAAGAAAUCAGGACAUUUGAGCCAGAUGAUUGUUAAAGGAAUUCUGUGGUAAUUUGGUAAUCUCAAAGAAGUUUUUAUGCUACUAAGAUUUAAAAGGAAGAAAACAUUUGUGAUACUGAACAACUUUGCAAUUGUGCAUCUGAUGGUGAUUCACUUUUUUAAAAGGACUUUUCCCCAUGAGCCACAAAAUUCAAAAUAUCCUGAAAGUUUUGAGAGAUUGUUAACUAGCUAGAGUAUAUUAAUAAUUUGCUCUUAUCUUACCUGUGUAAGGAGUUAACGAUAAAACAUUGUUUUGUUUUUGUUAAGGAACAAGUUAGAAUUUUUUAGGAGGGUACCUAGUAGGUUUAAAUUACUCUAGCAUCUGAAACCUGUGCCAUACAGUAACAUAAAAAUGUCAAUUAAGGGGCAGAGCUUGAUAGUACAGCAGGAAGGACAUUUGCCUGGCAUCCCUGGGGAAGGAGUUAUUCCUCAGCACCACCAGGUAUGUCCCUAAGACCAAAAAAUCAAUAAAUAUGUCAAAUAAGAAAUGUAUUAAGGAUGAAGGAGAUGGUAUGCCUUGCACACAUUUAAUCCUCAUUACUUUUCUGGCUCAAUAUGUGGUCCUCAGCAUAGAGCUAGAUGUGACCCAAUAAAACAAAACGAAUCUAUUCUACAUUACUAUGUUCUAAAGAUACUUGGCAAAGGCCAGAGGUGUGAACAUGGGAAAAAUACCUAUUUUACACAUUUAAGUAGUCAACAGGAAAUUUUGUCAUCAGAAACUUUCUUUGUAUGAAUUGUCAGUUUUCUUAUGCAAUCUCAGUGUAUUAGAACAACCCUGAGCUCUUUAUAUUUGAUGCAUCAUUGAGAAUUUCCUGCAGUGUUGAUUGAAAUGUACGGUGCAUUUUUGGUUUUCUCAUGUUUCUAGGUUAUCUAGAUGAAAUGAUUGGGCAUUUUGUGGACAGAUAAAUGAGAGAAAAGCUACAUAUUGAAUGAGAUCAUUGAAAGGUGUAAUUUUGCCUGAGAUAAUUGUUGUAUUCACCUGAUCACUGCAGAGAAUCAAGAGCCAUCAUAAUGUGAAAGGCUAGGACAUAGGUAAAGAUUUGCUAUUGACAGUUUAUAAUUUUUUCUGAUGAGAGAAAUUCAACACCAAUAUCAAGUGGAGAUUGAAUUUCUUGACCUUAAUUACAUUACCUUGGCCUAGAAAAUAGAAAAACUUCCUGAAAAAUAAAAAAUCCUUCCCAUGCAGUAAGCAGCUAAUUAUAUUACUAAGUUCAGUGCAUUUCUGGUUUAGAGGGAUGAAAGAAGCGGUGUCCUGAUAAUUCAGACUUAAUAAAAAACCAUUGAAGUGAAUGAUGAUGAGUUUCACAUAUGCCAAACAUAGUUCUUUACUUGACUAAUAAGGAGCAGAAUGCUAGGGAAUACUGUUUGGAAAGAGCUUUAUAUAUAGAAGUGAACAUUUUGCCACUAGAACCAUGCAUGUUGAGGAAAAACUGGAGGCAUACCUUAUUUGAAUGACUGAUUUCUAAGAAAUAAUAUAGUAGGGUUGAUUUUUGGAUUCUUUGUUACUCUAUUUUAUUGAAAUAAAGCAUAUUAAGGGGCAGGGCCAAAACCAUUUUGUUUGUAGUUGUAAGUUUCAAGUUAGUAAUUGCCCAGUUUGUAAAAGUAGGACCUGUUCUUACAGCCUUUGUUAAAGCAUAGGCUCUUGCUUCACUGUUUAUAUUAAAAAUUAUAAAAUUCUGGAGAAUAGUGUCCUAAUGAGAUGAAUCCCAAAGAACAGAUUUUGUCAAAAUUUUGUGGAAAAUACAAUCCUGAAUUUGUGGAAAAUAUAAUCCUGAAUGUCUGACAAGAAUUCACUUGUUUCGCCUGGAGAGAGAACUGUGGCUUGGGUGGUUCGCCUUGCAUAUGGCUGAUGAGAGUUUAAUUCCCAGGCACUGCAGAUGUUUUAAUGCUUUGCAGGUUGGUUUUUUUUUUUUUUUUUUUUUUUUUUGCUUUUUGGGUCACACCCGGCGAUGCACAGGGGUUACUCCUGGCUCUACACUCAGGAAUUACCCCUGGCGGUGCUCAGGGGACCAUAUGGGAUGCUGGGAAUCAACCCGGGUCGGCCGCGUGCAAGGCAAAUGCCCUACCCGCUGUGCUAUUGCUCCAGCCCCUGCUUUGCAGUUUUUAUUAAGAUUACAAAAGAGCCCUUAAAAAAACUGCAGCUGGUAGUUUUAAGAGGCAAGUUUGUUGUCUUAAGAUGUAUACCUCAUAUUCGGUUAAUAUUCCCCAUUCAACCCCCAUCACCACAUGUGGUAUCCCCCAUAGCACUGGUGGGGAGGCAUGCACAGAAUUAGGAAUAGUCUAUACAACACAGGGUAUGACCCAUAAAACAUGGUUGAGGGAGACAUAAACCUACCUUGAAUUUUCAGGGAGUGUGUUAAGCUUGACAUGAAUAGGUCUUAGGUCUACACUCUACUGCACUGUUUACUAAAAUUUUAUUUUUCUGAAACUUUCGUACUUCAUUGACCAGUAUUGGCAGCCUUUUUGGCAGGUUAAACUUUGGUUUGAGGCUAGCAUAAAUGAAGAAUUUAAUGGCUACAUGCAGCAUGUCUAAUGAUAGUUUAGUGUACUCUUUGAAAAUCUGUAUAGAUACUGCAUACUAAUGCAAACUUAACAAUUGAAUGUCCCAGAUUCUUCAUUUCUUGAGCCCUAUGGUCUUUCAAAUUACAGUAAAAGACUGAUACCAGCACCUCUCAAAUAGAAUAUCCUUUUAACAGUUUUAACAAUUUUCUCUGAUUACCUGAUUACAGAGAGGAAUAAGCCCUGAGCACUAAUAGGUGUGUCCCCACCCAAAUGUUGAAAUGCUGUUUUAGGGACUGGAGUGAUAGUACAGCAGGUAGGGCGUUUGCCUUGCACGAAGCCGACCCAGGUUCGGUUCUCAGCAUCCCAUAUGGUCCCCUGCUAGAAGUAAUUGCUGAGCGGAAAGCCAGGAGUAACCCCUGUGCAUUGCCAGAUGUGAUCCAAAAAAAAAAAAAAAUUGCUGUUUUAUGCAACAUGUUUGGGGUUCACUAUAUUAAAACCCAUUCUGAUUCAACAAACAUUGUCCAAGUGUUCCAUAACCAUCAUAACAAUCCAGUUACUCAGCUGUCUUGAAUCUUUCCUAUGUGACAAAUGGCGCUUGUUUGACUAAAGCAGGUUUGUUAAAGGAGUUAAUGUGAAAGGGGUUUGUCUAUUAUAUAAGCUACAAAAGUAUUUUCUGGUAUGAGUUAAUUACAUAAGUUACAGAAGGUGGUUCAGGAUUGGACCCUGAAGGGGAAAAAAGCUUAAAUUUAGUGAUUUAAGCAUCCAGUUCCAGUCUGGUCUAUGGUAGAAAAUUUAAUUCUUCCCAUUUUUAACAAUUAGGAAUUGUUAGGGCUGUUAAGUGUUGUUCUCACACACUGCCCAUUUCUGUCUUGAGAUUAUUGACUCUUAAAGAGAAGGCCUUCUGUAUAAGUAAACCAAACCAGAGGCUUACAGAAGGGACCCUUUGUUCUCCUCAAGAGCUGGAACCAGCACUAGGUUAUCUCCAAUAUUCCAACUUGGAAUUCUCAAUUGCUGCUUUGUUUUGAUUUUUGGCCACACCCUACAGUGCUCAGGACUUAGUCUUUGCUCUGUACUCAUGAAUUGUUCCUGGUAAUCUUGGGGGAACCAUAAGGGAUUCCAGGGGUUGAAUUCAGGUCAACCGUGUGCAAGGCAAGCAGCCUACCUGCUGUACUAUCUUUGGCCAUGCAAUGCUAGUUUUUUUUCCCCCUCAAGUCCUAUCUGCCCUUUUCCAAGAAUCUUACUCCCCUGGAUGCUGCUGGAGUUGGCAGUUUCUGUGGUCUGUUCGACUUUUUCUAGUUAAGAGCUAUUUGGGGAUUGGACGGAUAAUACAGCAGAUAGGGUCCUUUUCUUCACACAUUUGCUUUGGUGUCGUUUCUGAACCGCAAUGAGUGCAGUUUUAUAUUAACUGAAAUUUCAGGGGCUGAAGCAAGCCAACCUCUGUAGUACAGCAGGUAGGACCUUGCACAGCCCAAUCAGGUUCAAUCUCCAACAUCCCAUAUGUUUCCCCAGCACCACCAGGAAUAAUUCCUUAGUGCACAUCCACCAGUAACUCGGAGCAUUGCAGAUGUGGCCCAAAACAUUUGCCUCUUUGUACAGACCUUGUGUUUUGUCCAAGACUUGAUUCCAUUUUUUUCCACUAGAUGGCAACCUAGCCCACCCAUGUAACCCUCUUUUUUUUUUUUUUUUUUUCUUUUUGCGGCCUUACUGCUAUUAGUAUCCAUAUACCCAAAUUGGUGGUAUGUAACAUUUUGGUGAUGCCAUAUCCCUCUAAUGUUUGUAUUUAGCAGCUUUCAACAGGCAUUAGGCAUAAUUUGGCCAAAUGCCUUUUUCCUAAGAAUGUGUCUAGAUAAUGAAAACAAUUGUUGUGGUGUUGUGGUCAGAGAUAUAGAUGCUGUACCAUUUAUUUUAUUUUGUCAGUAUUAUUAAAGCUCCUGCCUCAGACAGUUAAGUCACUUAAUGAUAGAAAUCUAUUUUAAAUACAGCAAUCAAAGCUCUGCUAAAUUCCUGAUUUACCUACCCUUAGGAUAACAGAAUUUUACUUUGUGUAAAGAACCAGUGCUGGGCAUCGAACUCGCUGCCUUCUUAUACUAGGUAUAUACGCCACAAUUUGCGCUUUCUUCCCAACACCCUCACCUGAAACUCACUGUUUUUCUCUUAUCCACAUGCAGAGUCCACUUUCUUUAUUCCAACCAUGUUGUACAUUUCUUUUGUCCCUUUCAUUUCUCCUCACCCUAAUUAAGUUUCAGUUCAGCACAAGUUUCUCUUACUCCAUUAGACCUCCCUUGCCUUUCCUAAGUAGGCAAGUAGGCUCUUACAGAAUCCUUCAUCAAUUUGUAUAAUUACCUGCUUGAUUUUUCCAUAUGAGUGUAGAAGUAAAUGAAAUCUUACUGCCAGGAACAACAUUAAAAUGUCAUAACAAUGUCUGGAACUUUGCAUGAAAAAAGGAAAAGAAAUUGGUGGUGUGGAAUGGGCUAACCCUGGGUAAAAUCAGUUUGGGGAAAAGAAGGGAUGAUUAGAGAAGCUGACGGAUGGGCUACCUGGAGGUAUGCCAUAUAACCUAUUUAUCAAGGAAAUGCUUCCCGAUAGCUGAAUUUCAGUGGCCCUGCCAGCUUUUCAUGAUUUAUUUCAAAAUCUAACUCUGAAUACAUCCUUGAAAUCUCUUGAAAGGACAUCAUUCAGGAGUACUGUUUUGUCAUUGAUGCAUGUCGUCCUUUACAUGCCACUGUUUUGUGACCAGCUCUCCUGCAAAAAAAUUUUUUUGGAAGGGGGCCACACCCUGAUGUGCUCAAGGGUGCACACCCUGGCUCCUCACUCAGGUAUUAGUCCUGGCAUGGUUUGGGGGACCAUAUUGGGUGCUGUGGGUCAGCCAUACGCAAGGCAAGUGCCCUAUCCACUAUUCUCUGUAACCCCAAUCUGCAUUAGUUUCCAUUUGGGCCCUAAAUGUUCUGUGCUUGAGAACUACUUUUGACUGGAUGCUGGGUAUGUGCUCUGGGAAAGGACGCACGUCAGGCGUUUAACCCAAGGCAUCACAUAUGCAGGACAAGUAUUCAACCACCGAACCACUUCCCUGGCUUACCUUAGUUAAAAUUUUACACCUAUAGGCCUGUUUUCUUUAAGCAAACAAAUUGGAUAAAUGCUACCCUAAUCAGUUGGGACAUUGCCAGCACCCCAUAGCCUUCAUGAUGACUGCAUACUAAGUAGGUAACCAUUACUCUGACUUUCAUAACAAGUGCUGCUUAAACUGUAGAUAAAGUAAUAAUGAGAAGUUUGGCUUUCCCCUAAGGAAGAUAUUAAAAAGAAAAUAGUUUGGAGAGAGUUAUUUGGGAGUGAUUACUAGGUUCUAGAGGUAUUCAAGUAUGGCUGCAGUUUGGGAUAAUACUGGUAUGAACAGUCUUGUGUUUUGAGAGUGCAUGUACAGAUGCUUUUCUAAUGUGGGUAUACUUUUGUAUUCUCACUAGCCGUAAAUGAAAGUUUCAUUUGCUCAUUCUUGCUAACUAACUUUAAUUUUAGAUGUUUUAACAGGUGUGUAGUGGCACCUAUUAAAUCACGGUUUGCUUCUUGGUAAACUUCUUUUAAUUUAAACUUUGAUAUAGAAAUGUGUGUAAAUCAUGUGUACCACUUUUCAUACUAUAAACACAAACAGCAAGAAAUUAAGAAUUGAGAAAUCACCAGCAAUACUGAAGCGCCAUAUAUCCAUACUCUCGUACCAUUAAUCAGUAUAUCAUCUUUGCAAGGGCAUCCGUUGACCUUUUUCUUUGGCUCCUAAAUUUCAAAUAAAUGAAAGUACAUUUAGUCUGUGAGGUCUUUGAUUUAGCAAUGUGUACAACUCAUCUGUUACUGCUUGUAGAUUGCUCAUGCAUACUGUUGUAUAUAAAUAAGUUGCAGUUAAUCCAUUCUGUGAGUAGCCAUUUGAAAUGUUUUCAGUUUUGACAUGAAUAAAGCUGCUAUGCAUCAUU